AAUGUUUUUAUUGUUGGUAACGGUUGUCUUAUCACCCUUGGACGGUGUGGUUUCGAAGAAUUCAACGUGGCAAAAUAGGGAAGAAAUCGUUCGAAAUACAACACAACUUUUGGAUAAACUUCUCCAGGGAUAUGAUAAGAGAUUGCGACCGGGAUUCGGAGGGGCACCGACUCUAGUUGACGUUAAUCUAAAUGUUAGAAGUAUGGGUCCAGUCUCCGAGAGGGAUAUGGCUUAUCAGAUGGAUUGUUACUUCCGUCAAAGUUGGGUCGAUAAGCGAUUAGAAUUUGAGGCCGGUGAUAUAGAGACUCUACGUGUUAGUAUUACCUUUCUUGAGAAAAUCUGGAAGCCGGAUACUCAUUUUUUAAACGGCAAACAAUCGUAUUUGCACACGGUAACAUCACCUAACAAGUUGUUAAGAGUUAACAAAGAUGGUAGAAUUUUAUACUCAAUGAGGCUUACUAUAAAAGCUACCUGCCCAAUGCACCUUGAAAAUUUUCCGAUGGAUACACAGAACUGUCCUUUACGAUUAGCCAGCCAUGGCUAUAGAAUAUCCGACGUCCUUUAUAAAUGGACCUACGGGGCGGGAAAUCAAUUCUCUCUUCUUCACGUUACUUUUACUCUUAAAAGACAUAUGGGCUAUUUUUUAAUUAAUGUUUACGUUCCUUGUUCACUUCUGGUUAUUUUAUCAUGGGUAGCAUUUUGGAUAAAUAGAGAAGCAACUGCCGAUAGGAUAACAUUAGGAAUAACAACUGUUUUAACAAUGGUAUUCGUUGGAGUUGAUAACAGAAGCGAUCUUCCAAAGGUUUCUUAUUCAACUGCCCUUGACUACUUCGUCAACAUGUGCUUUGCAUUUGUCCUAGCAGCUAUCAUACAAUUUGCUAGCGUUCAUUUUUUUACAAAGCACGGUAGUGGUGAGGUAGUGCAGGAAUCAGAUUUAGAUGAAGGGGAAGAAGAGGAGGAGGAAUACUCUGUUGCUGACGAUGAGGAGAUUGAAAUUUUAACAAGUGGAACUUACUCAGAUGGAAAGCAAAUUCCUUUAAGCGAAAAGGUACCAUGCGCUGAUUUGUCUCAAUUAACUUUAUUUUAG